ACUGAUUUAAGUUAGAAAUUAGGAUAACAUCAAUGAUUGAAUUCCUCACCGCUUGGUUUCAUCUUUGUUUUUUACUUCAAUUCCAGCUUCCUUUGCUUCUGCUAAACCAACCCAGCUGCUUAUAAGCUUAAAAAGACAGAAAGUUGUGACAUUUCAUGCCUUUCUGUGAUCUGUAGCUUCUGGUGGGAGAGAGUUGAUGGUUCUUGAUGUUAUGCGGUCAUGAGAUAAACCAAAAUUUGAACUCUCAAAGAUAGAUGCAGAGAACUAGAAGAGCAAUGGACAGGAAGGGAACUUUUGAAACAGAGAAAGAACUUGCAGAGCCAACUCCACCGAUGUUUAGUGUUGCUGUGGCCAUUACUGGAAGUAAAAACAGUGUAAUGGUCGUUAAAUGGGCAUUGGAGAGCUUCAUUUCGGAUGUGAAGGUUCUAUUCAAGCUAUUACAUGUUCGUGCACCAAACAACAAAUCAAAUGACCCAGAUGAUAAGAUUAUGGUUCGAUGCUUUCCUGCUGCACAAUUGCAAGAAGAUAUGGUAGCUAAACACAAGAAAGAUAGGCAAACGGCUGCAAUGCUAUUUCCCUUCAAGAGACUCUGUACCCGAAGAAAGGUGGAAGUAGAUGUUACAGUGAUUGAAGGAGAUGAUAUAGCAGAUGCAAUAAUGAAAGAGAUCUCUUACUCCAAAAUUACCAAGCUUGUCAUUGGAGCUUCACCUCGUACCAUGUUUACCAGGAAAGUUAAGAGUAAUAGUAUAUCCUCAAGAAUCUUGGAAGGCGCUGCAGUCUUUUGUGCUGUCUAUGUUGUAUCGAAAGGAAAUUUGACUUCCAUGCGCCCAUCAAAUCCAGAAUUGAGUCCAAGUACCAAAGGUGAAAGAGAAAAUGAUGCAGUUGAUCCUAACAGCAGGCGCUCCAGUUCUCCAGCUCCUUGCAUUGAGCAACCAGACAAUGGAUCAAGUGUAUUUGGCAAAGCAUCCACUUUAAAAGAUAACCGAUCAGGGCUAUCUGAAGAAGAAUUCACCUUCAGCCCCGUAGCAGAUGCUGCUGUAUCGAGGCAAUUUGAUAAAUGGUUCAUCUUUGGAUCGAAGAUAACUAGUAAAGUGUCCACCUGUAAUGGUAAUGCAUCAAGGUUAUCCGAUAAGGGGUUCCCCUUAGGAACUGCAAGAAAUGAUCUUACAAGGAUAUCAGAUAAAGGGUCCAUCAUCGAAGAUUCAGAAAAUAACAGAACAAGCAUGUCUGAUGAAAGACCCACCUUGAAAGCUGCGACAGAUAAUGGAUCAAGGGAAUUUGGCAAAGCAUCCACCUUAGAAGAAAAUGGUUCGAAGCCAUUUCAUAGAAGAUACACCUCUGAUACUAUAUUGGACACUGCUGGAUCAAGAAGAUUUGAUAAAGGAAACAGCUUUGAUAUAGCAAUUGAUACUGGAUCAAGGAUGUUUAGUAAUCUGUCAGAAAAGAAAAGAUCAAAGGUAUUUGAUAAGGGGACCUUUGGCACUGUACUGAGUACCACUCAAUCAAUGAUACCUGCUAAAGCAUCCACCUUUAAAAAUAUGGGAUCAAGAGAAUUUUCCAGUAAAGGCUUCACCGUAGAAGUUACAACAGAUAAUGCGUCAAAGAUAUUUAAGCAAAUCACCAUGCUAGAAGCUCCAGAAUCGUCUUCUUCAGACUGUGAGGAUGCUAUUAUACAAGAGUUAGAAGGGCUGGGAGUAGACCGCAGGCUUCUCGACACACUUUAUGCAAAAUCUCAGAGGGAGACAAUUGAUGCUACUGAUCAGAAAAAAAAUAAUCCAAGUAAACACUGGAUGGAACAAACAAUUAAACCCAAUAAAAAAACCUUCGAGGAGGAGAACACCAGAGAAUUAGUGAGACCGGAGAAAGAGGAGGAAUAUGAAGCUGUGAAGCAGAAAGAAGCUCAGAACAUGAGAGAAUCAGUUCAAGCUGAAGCCAAAUCUGAUGCUAUAAAGAAAAGAAAGCUUGACAAGGCUACAAUCCUGCAUUCUGAUGAGCUAUGCAACAUGUUCACAUGGGAAGACAUAGUGUCAGCAACAUCUUCCUUUUCUAAUGAUCUUCUGAUUGGAAGAGGGGCAUCUGGGUCUGUUUACAAGUGCAAGUUGCAUCACACCACAACAGCAGUGAAAGUACUUCACUUCAAGGAGAGCCACUGGACCCAGAAAUUCCAUCAGGAGCUUGAGAUCUUGAGCAAAAUCCGCCAUCCCCAUUUGCUUCUUCUUCUUGGUGCGUUUCCUGAACGUGGUUGCCUAGUUUAUGAGCACAUGGAGAAAGGCAGUCUGGAUGACAGGUUGCUUCGGAAGGAUAAUACGCCCCCAAUCCCAUGGUUUGAGCGAUAUCGGAUAGCCUGGGAAAUAGCGUCUGCUUUGCUUUUCUUACACAAUGCAAAACCAAAACCGAUCAUUCAUCGUAAUCUGAAACCAGCAAACAUCUUGCUUGACCACAACUAUGUGAGCAAGAUAGGUGAUGUAGGCCUUUCCACAUUGCUUUCUGCGGACAAUGCUACUGUUUUCAAGGGAACAAGCCCUGUUGGAUCACUCUGCUACAUAGACCCCGAGUAUCAAAGGACGGGAAUGAUCUCACCCAAGUCUGAUGUUUAUGCAUUUGGUAUAGUGAUCAUGCAGUUGCUGACUGCAAAACCUGCCAUAGCACUUGCCAGAUUUCUGGAAAAAGUACCAGAAAACGGUGGCUUCAUGGGCAUCUUGGAUUCAGAGGCUGGGAACUGGCCGGUUGAAGAAACUCAGGAAUUAGCUGCACUGGGAUUGAGCUGCACUGAAUUACAACAUCAUGACAGGCCUGAUUUGAAAGCUCGAAUCCUUCCAGUUUUGGAGAAAUUGAAAGGGAUUGCUGAAAGAGCUAGAGAUUCAAUGCCUUGUGCUCCUUCAUUCCCUCCACAAUGCUUCAUUUGCCCAAUACUCCAAGAGGUAAUGAAUGAACCCUGUAUUGCCUCAGAUGGAUACACGUAUGAUCGCAGAGCUAUAGAAGUGUGGCUCAAAGAUAAUGAUAAUUCACCACUGACUAAUCUGCCUCUACCCAACAAGAACCUCAUACAAGACUUUACUCUUCACACAGCGAUUGUGGAGUGGAAAUCCAAAAUGCAGCAACACCAGCCAUUCCACUCAUUCUCUCGCAAGACCAUCACCUGACUGUGAUUACAAUUUCUCAUGGGAAGAGAAGUUGAGGUCUGGUCAUUGUAACAACUGUACACAUUUUGUGUCAAAGUAGUUUUUUUUUGCAUUAGAUAUAAGAACUUUCUUUUAUCUCACAAAUGAUUUUGUUCGAUGAUACAUUGUAUAGAAUACAAAGAAGAAUAUCAUUACAAGAUGGAUGAAUUGACUAAA